AUGGUCCGGCUCCUCUUGGUUUUCUUCCCAGCUAUCUUUUUGGAGAUGUCCCUUCUCCCCAGAGGCCCCGGCAGGAAACUGUUGCUGGCAGGAGCCUCGUCUCAGCGCUCAGUGGCCAGAAUGGACGGAGAUGUCAUCAUUGGGGCCCUCUUUUCAGUCCACCACCAGCCUCCGGCCGAGAAGGUCCCCGAGAGGAAGUGUGGGGAGAUCAGGGAGCAGUAUGGCAUCCAGAGGGUGGAGGCCAUGUUCCACACGUUGGAUAAGAUCAACGCGGACCCGGUCCUUCUGCCCAACAUCACCCUGGGCAGUGAGAUCCGAGAUUCCUGCUGGCACUCCUCUGUGGCUCUGGAGCAGAGCAUUGAGUUCAUCAGGGACUCUCUGAUUUCCAUUCGAGACGAGAAGGACGGGCUCAACCGGUGCCUGCCUGACGGCCAGACCCUCCCCCCAGGCAGGACUAAGAAGCCCAUUGCCGGCGUGAUCGGCCCGGGCUCCAGCUCCGUAGCCAUUCAAGUGCAGAACCUGCUCCAGCUCUUCAACAUCCCCCAGAUCGCAUAUUCCGCCACAAGCAUCGACCUGAGUGACAAAACUUUGUACAAAUACUUCCUGAGGGUUGUCCCUUCUGACACUUUGCAGGCAAGGGCGAUGCUUGACAUAGUCAAGCGUUACAAUUGGACCUAUGUCUCCGCGGUCCACACGGAAGGGAAUUACGGGGAGAGCGGAAUGGAUGCUUUCAAAGAGCUGGCUGCCCAGGAAGGCCUCUGCAUCGCCCAUUCAGACAAAAUCUACAGCAAUGCUGGGGAGAAGAGCUUUGACCGACUCCUGCGCAAGCUCCGAGAGCGGCUUCCCAAGGCCAGAGUGGUGGUUUGCUUCUGCGAAGGCAUGACUGUCAGAGGCCUCCUGAGUGCCAUGCGGCGCCUGGGAGUCGUGGGCGAGUUCUCCCUCAUAGGAAGUGAUGGCUGGGCAGACAGAGAUGAAGUCAUUGAAGGUUAUGAGGUGGAAGCCAACGGGGGAAUCACGAUAAAGCUGCAGUCUCCAGAAGUCAGGUCCUUUGAUGAUUAUUUCCUGAAACUGAGGCUGGACACUAAUACACGGAAUCCCUGGUUCCCUGAGUUCUGGCAACAUCGGUUCCAGUGCCGCCUACCAGGACACAUUCUGGAAAAUCCCAACUUUAAAAGAAUCUGCACAGGCAAUGAAAGCUUAGAAGAAAACUAUGUCCAGGACAGUAAGAUGGGGUUUGUCAUCAACGCCAUCUAUGCCAUGGCACAUGGGCUACAGAACAUGCACCAUGCCCUCUGCCCUGGCCAUGUGGGCCUCUGUGAUGCCAUGAAGCCCAUCGAUGGCAGCAAACUCCUGGACUUCCUCAUCAAGUCCACGUUCAUCGGUGUGUCUGGAGAGGAGGUGUGGUUUGAUGAGAAAGGGGAUGCUCCUGGAAGGUAUGAUAUCAUGAAUCUGCAGUACACUGAAGCUAACCGCUAUGACUAUGUACAAGUUGGAACUUGGCAUGAAGGGGUGUUGAACAUUGAUGAUUACAAAAUCCAAAUGAACAAGAGUGGAAUGGUACGGUCUGUGUGCAGUGAGCCUUGCUUAAAGGGUCAAAUUAAGGUCAUACGGAAAGGAGAAGUCAGUUGCUGCUGGAUUUGCACUGCCUGCAAAGAGAAUGAAUAUGUGCAAGAUGAAUUCACCUGCAAAGCUUGUGACGUGGGAUGGUGGCCCAAUGCACAUCUAACAGGCUGUGAACCCAUUCCUGUCCGCUAUCUGGAGUGGAGCAACAUAGAAUCCAUCAUAGCCAUUGCCUUUUCCUGCCUGGGCAUCCUUGUUACCUUGUUUGUUACCCUUAUCUUCGUGCUGUACCGGGAUACACCAGUGGUCAAAUCCUCCAGUCGGGAGCUCUGCUACAUUAUUCUAGCUGGAAUCUUCCUCGGUUACGUGUGCCCUUUCACUCUCAUUGCCAAACCUACUACCACAUCCUGCUACCUCCAGCGCCUCCUGGUUGGCCUCUCCUCUGCCAUGUGCUACUCUGCUUUAGUGACCAAAACCAAUCGCAUUGCACGCAUCCUGGCUGGCAGCAAGAAGAAGAUCUGCACCCGCAAGCCCAGGUUUAUGAGUGCCUGGGCCCAGGUGAUCAUUGCCUCAAUUCUGAUUAGCGUGCAGCUAACUUUGGUGGUAACCCUGAUCAUCAUGGAGCCCCCCAUGCCCAUUCUGUCCUACCCAAGCAUCAAAGAAGUCUACCUUAUCUGCAAUACCAGCAACUUGGGUGUGGUGGCCCCUUUGGGCUACAAUGGACUCCUCAUCAUGAGCUGUACCUACUAUGCCUUCAAGACCCGCAAUGUGCCCGCCAACUUCAAUGAGGCAAAAUAUAUCGCCUUCACCAUGUACACCACCUGCAUCAUUUGGCUGGCUUUUGUGCCCAUUUACUUUGGGAGCAACUACAAGAUCAUUACUACCUGCUUUGCAGUGAGCCUCAGUGUAACGGUGGCCCUGGGGUGCAUGUUCACUCCCAAGAUGUACAUCAUCAUUGCCAAGCCCGAGAGGAAUGUACGCAGUGCCUUCACCACCUCGGAUGUAGUCCGCAUGCAUGUUGGCGAUGGCAAGCUGCCCUGCCGCUCCAACACUUUCCUCAACAUUUUCCGAAGAAAGAAACCAGGGGCAGGGAAUGCCAAUUUUAAUGGCAAGUCUGUGUCAUGGUCUGAACCAGGUGGAAGACAGGUGCCCAAGGGACAGCACAUGUGGCACCGCCUCUCUGUGCACGUGAAGACCAACGAGACGGCCUGCAACCAAACAGCCGUCAUCAAACCCCUCACUAAAAGUUACCAAGGCUCCGGCAAGAGCCUGACCUUUUCCGAUACCAGCACCAAGACCCUUUACAGCGUGGAGGAGGAGGGUGCCCGGCCGAUCGGCUUCAGCCCGCCCAGCAGUCCUUCUAUGGUGGUGCACCGACGCGUGCCGACCGCGGUGGUGAGCACCCCGCCUCUGCCGCCCCGCCUGACCGCAGAGGAGACCCCCCUCUUCCUGGCCGACCCGGCCGUCCCCAGGGGCUUGCCCCCUCCCCUCCAGCAGCCGCCGCCGCCGCCGCCGCCGCCAGCGCAGAAAUCCCUCUUGGACCAGCUGCAGGGAGUGGUCAACAAUUUCAGCACCGGGAUCCCGGAUUUCAACUCGGUGCUCGCAGUCCCCGGGGCUCCGGGGAACGGGGUGCGGCCCCUCUUCCCGCCCCCGGCGCCGCCGCAGCACCUGCAGAUGCUGCCGCUGCAGCUGAGCACCUUCGGGGAGGAGCCCGUCUCCCCGUCGGCCGACGACGACGACGAGGACGACAGCGAGAGGUUCAGGCUCCUGCAGGAGUACUUGUACGAGCGGGAAGGGAACACGGAGGAAGACGACCUGGGGGAGGAGGGAGAGGAGCUGCGGGCGGCCAGCAAACCAACUCCGGAGGACUCGCCGGCCCUGACGCCUCCUUCCCCCUUCCGCGACUCGGCGGCCUCGGGCAGCUCGGCGCCCAGCUCCCCCGUGUCCGAGUCGGUGCUCUGCACCCCUCCCAACGCGACCUACGCCUCUGUCAUCCUGAGGGACUAUAAGCAAAGCUCUUCCACCCUGUAG